CCCGCCGUCCACUACGGUAUCGUAUCAAUUCUCGGAUAAACCAAGGAUCUAUAAAUAUUUAUGUUUUUACAUAUGUUCAGAUAAACUUCCUGCAUGCAGCAAGGUCAUUUGCGUUUAAUCCAGAAAUGUAUUGAUCAGAGUGGAUAGUUCUCUUCGCGAUAGCAGUCCAGCUUUUUGAACAGAUGGCAGAAGGCUCUGAGCUGGCCCAUGUUCCAGGAAAUGACAGGACGCCAAGCUGUAACAUCUCAAGCAGCAGUCGGUUCAAUAACGAUGAUGCAUCUGUGGAAGUUAGCAAUGUUUUAAACAUCCUAGGUUAUGGACAUGAGCUUCGACAGAAGCGCCGAGAAUGUUACAAGGCCAAUGACAACAAUAUAGAUGCACCUUCGGGUUUUGUACAGGGUUAUCAAACGAUCACAGUCGGGAGUAAGGCAGAAGGGCUUUCACGUUGUUUGGAAAGUGAUCGGGACGUUUUAGGUGUGAUUACCCGUGUGGAAUGCAUAGAAGUUGGUUUUGACCUAAACUUGAUUCCAAAGGACAAAACCGUGUUCAGAAUGGAUACGCAUAUAUGUUACCCUGGUCAUUGGAUACUGGUACUUGAGCGAGGUGUCCCAUUAUUUAAUGCCAUUCUUUUGGUAGCGCUGCGCGAGACUCAAAAUGGGAAAGUUAUUCUAAGCAGUGACGCUGUACUAAACAAUCGUAUAAUGUGUUCACAGCUAGGGCUAACACCCAUUUUCAAUGAACGUGCUGGGCCGUCAUUGCCGUUCAAUGUUGGACAGUGUAAAGCUGACACAGUAGUUGCACUACGCUAUCAUUGUCCCAGCAUACUCCAGAGAUGGGCUGCUAGAUCUCGACAUUGGCCGCCAUCAAAUGUUGUGGAAAAAGUCGUAUCAAUGGGGGCAUUCCUUACUCCUGUGGGAUUUACAGGGAGCAGAAAUAAGAAUAUUGAAUGGAGGAUUUGCUUCAACACAGAGAGGAACCUUAUGGAAGCCUGUGACCUCACGGAUGCUCAGACGCGAACAUGGCUAGCAACACUAACGGACAUGAUUGAUGAAGGUCCAAUGAUAAUUCGAAGGCUUUCACAGAUAAGACAAGCCAUUAUCUCUAACCCGGAGCUCUGCGAUGGUAUAACACGAGGAGAAUUGAACUGGAAAUUAUUUGCCUUGAAUUUUUGAAACAUGACAAAUAUAUAGUUCGCCCGCAAUCUGGUAAUUCUAUAGAUAAUCCGCUUUCACAUGUAUUACUAGGGCACCUAAUUUAUAUGCGUGAGCAUCCGUUUCUGCAUGGACUACUUCUGCGUCAUUUUCAGAUAGUGAAUGAGGUCUUUGAGAAAGUGUGUACUGAAGAAAGUAGGGACGCAAGUAGUAUUUUCGA